CUCUGCGUCUCGGGAUGCCGUCGCCGUCGCUGCUCCGCUCUCUGCUCCGCUGCAAGACCCUGAUCACGCUGGCUGGCGCCCCGCUCGCCCUUCUGCCGCUGCCGCUUCUCGUGGCCACCCAGGAGGCCAGGUGUGCCUAUGUGAUCAUCCUCAUGGCUGUGUAUUGGUGCACAGAGGUGAUCCCUUUGGCAGUCACAGCCCUCCUGCCUGUCAUCCUGUUCCCGAUGUUUGGCAUCCUGGAGUCCAAAAAGGUGUGCAUGCAGUACCUGAAGGACACCAACAUGCUCUUUGUGGGGGGGCUGAUCGUGGCCGUCGCUGUGGAACACUGGAACCUGCACAAACGGAUUGCCUUGAGGGUGCUGCUGAUUGUUGGGGUCAAACCUGCCCUGCUGAUGUUGGGCUUCAUGGGGGUCACAGCCUUCCUUUCCAUGUGGAUCAGCAACACAGCCACCACCGCCAUGAUGGUUCCCAUAGUCCAGGCGGUCCUGGACCAGAUGAACCGGUCCGAGCAUGAUCUGGCCGUCAUGGAGUCUGCAGCUGCUGCUGGGCAGCACAGCAACGGCAAGGGUGAACUGGAAGGGAAGGUGGCUGCCUUGGGGCUCUCCACAGUGCCGGUUGCGAGCAAUGGGCACUUGCCGGACACCUCCAAGAUGUGUGAGAGGGAGGCCAAGAAGAGGCUCAACAAAGGGAUGACCCUCAGCAUCUGCUAUGCUGCCAGCAUCGGGGGCACAGCAACCCUGACCGGGACGGGGCCAAACCUGGUCCUCAAAGGUCAGAUGGACCAGUUGUUCCCUGAGAACGGCGACAUCUUGAACUUUGCCUCCUGGUUCGCCUUCGCCUUCCCGAACAUGCUCCUGAUGCUGACCCUCGCCUGGUUCUGGCUCCAGAUCUCCUUCAUGGGGGUCAACUUCCAGAAGACCUGGGGCUGUGGGACCCAGAGGACCGAAAAAGAGCUGGCCGCCUUGCGGGUGCUGAAAGAGGAGCACCGGAAACUGGGGCCCAUCUCCUUUGCAGAGUUCAACGUGCUGCUGGCCUUCACCCUGCUUGUCCUCCUCUGGUUCACCAGGGACCCUGGAUUUGUCCCCGGCUGGGCCACCACCUUCUUCAACAAGGACAAGGAGUAUGUGACGGAUGCCACCGUGGCCAUCUUCGUGGCCUUUCUCCUGUUCAUCCUUCCUGCCACCAGGCCCAAGUGUGGCUUCUGCAGUCCAAGCAGCUGCGACGUAGAAGAGGCGGAGGAAGCUAUGAAGGAGCCCUUCUUCCCUGCCCCGUUGCUGGAGUGGAAGGUGGUCCAGCAUAAGAUGCCAUGGAGCAUCGUGCUGCUUCUCGGAGGAGGCUUCGCGCUGGCCCAUGGGAGUGAUGCUUCAGGGCUUUCCAAAUGGCUGGGGGACCAGAUGACCCCACUGCACAGCAUCCCCCCCUGGGCCAUUGCCAUCAUCAUCUCCCUGGUCAUCGCCGUCUUCACCGAAUGCACCAGCAACGUGGCCACCGCGACCCUCUUUCUGCCAGUCUUCGCCUCCUUGUCGCAGUCCAUCAAGGUCAACCCCCUCUACAUCAUGAUUCCCUGCACCCUCAGCACCUCGUUAGCCUUCAUGCUACCCGUGGCCACCCCUCCCAAUGCCAUCGUAUUCUCCUACGGGCACCUCCGCAUCUCAGACAUGGCCAAGACAGGCAUCGUAAUGAAUGUCAUCGGUGUCUUCUGCAUCACCCUGGCCAUAAACAGCUGGGGCCGCGCAUUGUUCCACUUGGACACCUUCCCUUCGUGGGCCAACGCCACCGGGGCAUGAGGGCCGGGCCAGCCAAAGAGGACCUUGGCACGUGGGCUUCCUCACCUCCUCAGCCGCCUGGGCCCUGGAACUUCCCCUCCAGCGCUGGCCCUUUGGAGUCCAUGGGUGUGUUUUGGGUUGAGGCCAGAGACUGUUUGGAACCUGCCUCAACGGCUGCCUCUGCUGCUUGCUGAAAGGACCCUGAGGAGGACGAGGGACCCCCGCAGGACGGGCAUCUUCUCCUGGGACCAGCCGUCCAAAUGGAAUAAAGGACCGUAAAACAGGACAAGGAAGAAGUUGCUGCUGCUGCUACUUUUCACAGAAACAUAGAAUUGUGGAAUCGGAAGGGAUCCCCAAGGGUCAUGUAGCCCAACCCCCUGCAACGCAGGAGUUGCAAGUGAAACAUUCUCCUUUGACUGAGGGCAGGCAUAGGAAACCUUGGCUCUCCAGAUGUUUUGGAACUACAACUCCCAUGAUCCCUGACCACUGGCCCUGUUAGCUAGGGAUCAUGGGAGUAGUAGUUCCAAAACAUCUGGAGAGCCAAGGUUGCCUAUGCCUGACUUGAGGGAGUGGGGAGACCACAGGCCUGGCAAGACUCUCAGCCUCUGAGGGAGAGCCUAGGGACUCCCACAGGCCAUGGGAACCAGGAUCUGCUUCCUUCCUCCCUCCCGCCUGCCUGGGGCCUGCAGGUUAACCAUUGCACAAAGAAAGAGACACACGGAACAAAUACUUGACCCAGAGUCCAGCUGGGCAGCAGGCCCCACUCAGGUGGACACAAAGCACAUAGGAAGCUGCCUUAUACAGAGUCAAACCAUUGGCCCAUCUAGCUCAGUAUUGUCAACACUGGUUGGCAACAGCAACUCACCAGGGUUCUAGGCAAGGCUCCCUCCCAUCCUUACCUGGAGAGGCUCCUGGAGAUUGAACCUAGGACCUUCUGCAUCCAAGGCCAGGUGGCAUGCCACUGAGCAAAGGCCCAGAGCUUCCCCAGGUGGCCCCUUGAAACUUAGGAGCCAGCUCCUAGGGGCUGAGGUCCCUUCGCCCUCCCCCAAUAAAAUAUUUGAGGGAGCCAGGACCAGCAGCUGCAUGUGGGCAUUGCCAUUAAAAUGGUGUGUGUUCACUAUGCCAUGUGGCACUCUUGCCUUAGAAUGCCUUGAGGAAAUGACUCCUUUGCAGGCUCUAAGCCAGGAAGGUGGAGUGGCCACUGGGCUGGACGUGGGCAGGGAAGAGGGCUGGGGUGGGAAGAAAGACAGAACAGCCAGGUAGCCCUAAUAUAUUUAAUGUUGUUAUUUAAUUGCCUUAAAAUAUUAAUAAAGCACCACUUGUGUUUUGUAAAUUUUAAAUAAACUGCUUGUUAAUUCACCCUAAUGCCUUGGAAUGCAAGUUUCACAAGUUAACAAGUUCCACAAAUUAGCAGAGUUAACAUUCCCUUUUUAAACUCACGGCAGCGGAUGCAUUUGCUCAGGUUUGCUAGAACCUCUAUAAUAAUAUUAUCCUGGUUCCCCCCCCUUUGAUUCCCUCUGAUUCCCUCAGUCUUCUGUAAAAGUAUGAAAGAGUUUACUCACACAUCAUCCUCUUCACAAUAUGAUCCCAGAAGGCAGACUAGCUUAGAAAAGAUACAUACACUUGGAAACUAUCCCAUAGGGAAUGGGUUCCAUUGUCCUCUCUUGGCCAAGAGGGCAUUUCUGGCUAAGAGAUGCUGUUUCUUUGAGAGCAAAGUCAAAAGAGAGAGAAUAUGGCUGCAGCCCAGUGCUUUUGUGUUACCUGCCCAGUUGAAGCCACACCCACCUUGUCACAUGCAGAGGAAGUCUUUCCCAGCUCAGGAGGAGAAGUUCCGACUCACUGGUGCAAACAUCCCCUUUCUAUGUCCACUCUAGGGAUGUUGUACUUGACUGCUCUUGUGUUUCACAUCCCACAAUUUGAUCCGGCACUUGAUCUGUGUCUUUGCUGGGAUUCUUAGCUCUGCUCUUUCCAGGCACAUGUCCAUUUUUAAAAGCUGUUUUAUUUUUUGCCCCAGCGCUUUCCCCAUGAAAACCCACUCUUUAGUGCUCAAUCAGAGCAAAUGUCAAUCCAGCUUUCCCAUUUCACAGAAUCAUAGAAUUGUAGAGUUGGAAGAGGCCCUGAAAAUCAUCUACAGUACUCCAAUUUCCUGCAAGGCUGGAAUAUGCAGCUGUCCCAUAUGGGGAUCAAACCUGCAACCUUGGCAUUAUCAGCACCGCACUCUAACCAACUGAGCUAUUCCCAAUUGCUCCAAUUGAGCUUUAAAAAGUGGGUUUUCACAGGGAAAGCUCUGGAGAGGAAAAAGUGUGCUCAGACACAGAGCUUUAAAGCGUGGGGUCCAUGCCCAGAAAGAGUGGAGGAAAGCUAAGUGUGGAUAAGCCCUCAAUUAACCAAACUAACUCAAAGAAACUUAGCGCUCACUGUUUCGGUCGCUGCCAAAGAGGGAUUGAGAGCAGGACAAUGAAGGUCCAGUCCUCCGUCCUUAGUGCUGGAGUGGUGGGAAGCUGCCAAAAUUAUGAACUAGGAGGCUACAGAGAGAGAAGGCAAUGAGGGAGAGGGAAGUAAUUCAGUUUGUGUUGCUAUGAAACCUCAAAAUGAAGCCUCCUGCCCUGAGUUCUCUGCUUCUGUUUGGAUUGCAAACCUUGGGUGCGUUGAUCUUCCCCACUGUAUAUUGUUGUAGGUUUGGGGAGGGGUCUGUCUGGAUGAUGCCCUGAGUGUCUUCCAAUACUUGGGGGUCCUGUGCCCAGUGAUGGUUGGAAUCUAGCAAAUGAUACUGUUGUUGAACUUGUCAGACAAGUUUAUUGGUAAGACAGCGAGUGACCUUAUUUGGCCACUUGUGUCCUCAUCUGUAUCCCCAAAGAAUGAGCUGGGUUGCAAGAGCUACCACUGUGUUGGUGCCCUCCAGGCUAAUGAGUGGACCUUUCCUCCACCCGCCUCACCUGGCUGCUAGGUAGGCAAACAAGAACUGGAGUAGUGUGGGUGAGAUGAACUGGAGCCAGGCUGAAAGCCUGCUUGUUCUGUACUGGACCCAAAGUUACGACUAGUAGAGAAGAAAGAUCUGCUGCGGUGUUUGAUGCCCUUCCAUCUUAUGCUCAGGUUUAUGUAUGUGUAAAUAAAGCCAUAUAUCCCAAACACA